CAAUGCCAAACAAUUAGCCAAUAAAAUAACGACAACGUUUAAACUAAGCUCAGAACAACUAAGCAGCCAAGAUCACUACGAUUUUGGCAUGAGAGCAGUAAAGACAGUAAUAGCAGUAGCUGGGAAUUUAAAACGAGAGCGGCCAGAAAUGGACGAGAGUCAAAUAGUAUUAAGAGCAUUGUUAGAUGUCAAUGUACCUAAAUUUCUUAAGGACGACUUAACGUUAUUUAGUGGUAUUGUUUCGGAUCUCUUUCCUAGAAUGACUGAGGAGGAAGUAGAUCAUGGAAAUUUGGAGAAAGCUAUAAGAGCAUCGUGCAUUAAGCUUGGUUUGGAAGACAUAAACGAGUUUGUCAAAAAAGUUAUUCAGCUCUACGAAACUACUAUCGUGCGUCACGGAUUGAUGUUAGUUGGACCGACUGGGUCAGGAAAAACAAAGUGUUACAGAAUUUUAAAAGAUGCUAUGACAAGUCUAAAAGGCGAACCUCAACCGAGUGGUUAUCCUUUCCAACCUGUUCACGCAUACGUUCUCAAUCCAAAGUCGAUAACUAUGGGCCAACUAUAUGGAGAGUUUGAUCUUCAGACGCAUGAAUGGACUGAUGGCAUUCUCCCAUGUCUCGUUCGACUUGGAAUCAACGCUCCCAACAAAGAUAGACGCUGGUACGUCUUCGACGGUCCAGUGGAUGCCGUUUGGAUCGAAAACAUGAACACGGUUUUAGACGACAACAAAAAACUAUGCCUAAGUAGUGGAGAAAUCAUCAAACUUCGAGAUACUAUGACGAUGAUGUUCGAAGUGGCAGAUCUGGCAGUUGCAUCUCCUGCUACGGUAUCCAGAUGUGGAAUGGUGUAUUUAGAGCCCGCAGUGCUUGGUCUGGAUCCAUUUGUUAACUGUUGGCUAAAGAGAUUGCCUGAAUUGGCCAAACCCUUCGAGAGUACAUUAAAAACUUUAAUAUACUUUUACGCCAUCCCUGCAAUCCAUUUUGUGCGAAAUAGUUUAAAAGAAGUUUUAGCUUCAGUGGACUCUGCUCUUUUGAUGACCUUCUUAAGACUCUUGGAUUUUAGACUGGCACCACUAUCAGGUCGAGACAACAAACCUCCACCACCACAACAGUUCCUGCUAUUAAUGAAGGGUCUCAUCGUACCUUGGAUUAUAUUCUCUGUAGUUUGGAGCAUUGGAUGUACUUGCGACUAUGCUGGUAGAGUUAAGUUUGAUCGGUGGAUAAGAAACAAAAUAAAAGAAAGAAAGGACGACGUAGUAUUUCCGGUCGAAUCAAUUAUAUACGAUUACAAGUUACACGACGGUGGAUUUACAGAUAUAACAAUGGAUGGAGAACCUCAUCCCCCUACCUGGAGGAGUUGGAUGGAAAAUAUAGAAGAAUACAAAAUUACUAGAGAUAUGAAAUAUUCAGAUAUUGAGAUUCCGACAGUAAACAACGUACGCAAUGCGGAGCUCAUGGGAAUGGUUCUUUCUAACGAAGACAAUGUCUUGGCCGUCGGUCCAACAGGAACUGGUAAAACACUUACAGUUAUUGGCAAACUCAGCAAAAAUAUGCAUAAGAAAUUUAUUUGCGAUUUCUUCAGCUUCUCAGCUCGAACUACUGCAAAUCAAACACAGGAUCUCAUUGACUCUAAAUUAGACAGAAGACGAAGGGGAGUAUUUGGGCCACCUGUUCUGAAAAGACAAAUAUUUUUUAUCGACGACUUUAACAUGCCAGCACUUGAAGUAUUUGGAGCUCAACCACCAAUCGAGUUAAUUCGACAAUGGAUGGAUUUUGGAGGCUGGUAUGACAGAAAAAAUAUUGGCGAGUUUAGAAAAAUAAUUGAUAUAAACUUUGUAGCGGCUAUGGGUCCACCAGGUGGUGGUAGAAAUCCCGUAACAGCUAGACUUCUGAGACAUUUUCACUAUUUGACAUUCCUAGAAAUGGAAGAUGAUAGCAAGCUUAAAAUAUUCGGCACAAUAUUAGACUUUUGGCUACACCGAGCUCCAGAAGGUUUCGAAAAAUAUUUCGAUCGAAUGCUGACAUCUACGCUUACAGUUUAUACAACUAUUUUACAUGAACUUUUACCCACCCCGGCUAAAACACAUUAUACAUUUAACUUGAGAGACUUGAGUAAAGUUUUCCAAGGAAUUUUAAUGUUUGAUGCAGAAAAUCUUCGGGAUAUUAAUGAGAUGCUGCGGCUUUGGUACCACGAAAAUUGUCGAAUAUUUCAAGAUAGACUGAUUAACGAUGAAGAUAGAAACUGGUUCGAUUCACUGUUAAAGUCUGAAAUUGAACAACGGUACCGUUUAAAAUCUGAAGAAGUUCUUGGCACUACGGAUAUUCUAUUUGGUGAUUUUAUAGAUCCAUCUGUAGGAGUCGGACCUUAUGUUCAAAUAAAGGAUUUUGAAAAAUUGUCGUUUGCUCUGAACUAUUAUCUGGAAGAUUAUAACCUCCAAAGUACGAAACCGAUGAAACUGGUGCUGUUUUUGGAUGCCAUGAUACAUAUAUCCAGAAUCUCAAGAAUAAUAAGACAGCCUUUAGGGAAUGCGUUGCUUCUCGGCAUGGGAGGUUCAGGAAGGCAAAGUCUGACUAGGCUUGCUACCUUUAUGUCCGAAUUUAGUUGUUUUCAAAUAGAAUUAACGAAAGCAUACGGACAAAAUGAAUGGAGAGAUAAUGUUAAACACUUGAUGCUGACAGCUGGACUACAACGAAGGGAAACUGUCUUUUUGUUCUCAGAUACACAGAUUAAAUCUGAGUCAUUUCUCGAAGACCUGAAUAAUAUUCUAAACUCCGGCGACGUUCCCAACAUAUACCAACCUGACGAACUUGAUAAGAUCUACCAAAGUAUGAAAGGGCUUGUUCAAGAAAUGGGAUUAACAGCAACAAAAUCCAAUUUAUUUGCUGUAUAUCAGAAGGAAGUGAGAACCAACUUGCACAAUGUUAUUACCAUGAGCCCUAUCGGAGAAGUAUUUAGAGCAAGAUUACGACAAUUUCCGGCUUUAGUCAACAACUGUACCAUAGACUGGUUUAGCCCUUGGCCUGACACCGCAUUGCAAUCUGUCGCACUCCGUUUCUUAAAGGAAGUGGAAGAUUUUGACGUGUCAGAGAGCAUUCUGCAGGGAAUUGUUAUGACGUUCCAAUAUAUGCAUGCCAGCGUAGUUGAAGCUAGCGAAAGAUUUAAACAAGAGCUUUCACGCUACAACUACGUCACUCCUACAUCAUAUCUAGAACUUUUGUCCAGCUACACUGAAUUGAUGAAUAAAAAAAAGGGAUCUCUCACGGAAGGUGUCGGCAGGCUAAAAACAGGUCUAGGUAAGCUUCAAAGUACUGCAGAAGAAGUUAAAAUACUGCAAAGUCAACUUACGGAGUUAAAACCACUUCUGGAAGAAGCUGCUCGAGAUGCUGAUAUAAUGAUAACUAAAAUUGCUGCGGAUACGGUUAUUGCUGAAGAAACAAAAGAAAUUGUCGAAAAGGAAGAACAAGCGGCAGCUGAAAAAGCAUAUGAAACACAAAAUAUAGCUGAGGAUGCUCAAAGAGAUUUAGAUGAAGCGUUGCCUGCUUUGUUAGCUGCUGAAGCCAGUUUAAAAGCCUUAAAUAAAAAUGACAUUAUUGAAGUAAGAUCGAUGAAAAGACCACCAGCUGGUGUUGUUUAUGUCAUUGAAGCUAUUUGUAUAGUGAAGAACAUCAAACCAAACAAAAUUCCUGGAUUUAAACCUGGAGAAAAGCUACUGGAUUACUGGGAGCCUGGUAGAAUUAUGUUAGCAGAUCCCCAAGCAUUUCUAAUGAGUCUUAUGAACUUUGACAAAGAUUCGAUCACAGAAGAGAUGAUAGACAAAUUAAGAAAAUAUGUUGAAGAUCCUCUAUUUACUCCACAAAAAAUUUCGAAGGUCUCCAAAGCCUGUACUUCUCUUUGUAUGUGGAUACACGCAAUGUUCAAAUUUUAUUUCGUCAACAAAGCUGUAGCUCCGAAAAAAGCCGCUUUGGCUAGAGCCAAAGCAGACUUGGAAGCCACCUUACAAGCUCUCGCCAAUGCCAAAGCUAAAAUGAAGGAGGUGCUGGAAGGUUUGGAACAAUUGCAAAAAGCAUUAGCUGAAAAAAUUGCGUUUAAAGAAGAAAAGGAGGCAAGCAUUGCAGUGUGUGAGGAGAGAAUGAACAGAGCGAUGAGGUUGAUUAAUGGUUUAGCGGAAGAGAAGAUAAGAUGGAUGCAAACGAUCGAGGACAUUGAUGCAAAUGUUGUAAAUGUGACAGGAGAUAUUUUGAUUUGUUCUGGUUGUGUGGCGUAUUUAACACCUUUCACUGAUUCAUACAGGCGCAGUUUGUUUGCGAGUUGGAUGGAGAAAAUAACAUACUACAAUAUCCCAUUUACCCCCAACUGCAAUCCAGUAACAAUAUUGGGAGAACCAGUUCAGAUAAGGCUUUGGCAAUUAGACGGAUUGCCUAGAGAUUAUCUCUCUACGGAAAAUGCAGUUCUAGUUUCUUGUUCCCGCAGAUGGCCAUUAUUUAUCGAUCCACAAGGACAGGCCAAUAAGUGGGUUAAAAAAAUGUGUAAAAAUAUGGGACUGUCCGUAUGCAAGCUUGCUGAUAGAGAUUUAAUGAGAACAAUGGAAUCAUCUAUUCGUUUUGGAAAAGCAGUACUCAUAGAAAACGUCGGCAUAGAGCUAGACCCUGCCUUAGAUCCAGUUCUACUCCAUCAAGUAUUUAUGCAAAACGGUACUUUGGUUAUCAAAUUGGGCGACGUUAUAGUGCCGUACGAUGAAAAUUUCAGAUUGUAUAUUACAACUAAAUUGCCAAAUCCACAUUAUACUCCAGAAAUUUCUAUUAAAGUACUGCUCGUGAAUUUUACGGUAGUAUCAACUGGCUUGCAGGACCAACUGUUGGCUUUAGUAGUUAUGCAAGAACGACCAGAUUUGGAAGAGCAGAGAAGUCAAAUUGUCGUUAGUAUAGCAACGAUGAAACAUGAGCUAAAGGAAAUUCAGGAUAGAAUUCUUUACAAAUUAAGUUCAUCAGAGCUUUCUCCAAUUGAAGAUCUUGAUUUUAUUAUAACUCUGGAAGCUUCCAAAGUAAAGAGUGAAGAUAUUAAGAGUAAAGUGGAGUCUGCCGAAAUAACACAAAUAGACAUUGACAACACUAGGGCGCUUUAUAUUCCUGUAGCAAAUAGAGCUCAGAUACUAUUUUUUUGCGUAGCUGAUCUGUCCAACGUAGAUCCAAUGUACCAGUACUCUUUGGAAUGGUUUAUACAAAUUUUUGUUUCUACCAUGGCUGAAACCGAAAAAUCAGAUAACAUUAUUCACCGUGUACAAACUAUCAAUGACUCAUUCACAUUCAAUCUAUAUUGCAAUGUAUGCAGAAGUCUGUUUGAAAAGCAUAAGAUGCAUUUUGCAUUUUUGUUGUGUAUCAGAAUUUUAAUGGACUUGAAAAAAAUCGAUCCACAGGAAUGGCAACAUUUUCUGGCUGGAGGAACUCCUAAAGAGAUGAUCCCCAACCCUGCUUCAAGUUGGUUAUCGAGUAGAGCCUGGAAUGAAAUAUUAGCAUUAGACGCUUUGCCGACCUUCCAAGAGUUUGUUGAAACUUUUGAAUCCAACAUUGACAACUAUCGAAUCAUGUUUGAAAGUUCAGAACCCCACAGGUUUCCCCUGCCUCAUCCCUUCAACAAAGCUUUCGACAAAUUCCAGAAGAUAAUAGUGCUUAAAAGCCUUCGACCUGACAAAGUGACUAACGCCAUCCAAGACUUCCUAGCAGAAAAUCUAGGACAACAGUUCAUAGAACCCCAGACAUCUGAUUUAUCUGCCAUGUUUAAGGAAUCAGGAUCUACUAUACCCUUAAUAUUUGUUCUGUCUACUGGCACUGAUCCAGCAGCGGAGCUGUACAAGUUUGCUGAUAGGAUGAAAAUGGGAAAGAGAAUGUUUUCGAUAUCGUUGGGACAAGGUCAGGGGCCCAGGGCAGAGAAGAUGAUGCAAGGCGGUGUUGAAGUUGGAUCAUGGGUGUUCUUUCAGAACUGCCAUUUAGCUCCCAGCUGGAUGCCUCGUCUGGAACGAGUAAUAGAAUCCCUAACGCCAGAAACAACUCACAGAGAUUUCCGCAUCUGGUUGACUUCCACUCCAUCCCCCCACUUUCCGGUAUCUAUUUUGCAAAAUGGCAGCAAAAUGACAAUAGAACCACCUGCGGGACUUAAAGCCAAUAUGUUAAGAGCAUACAGAAAUGAAGUUUCCGAAUUGACUUCGUUUAUACAAUCUGAUAAUCCAAAAUCGCCGACGUUUAGAUUGUUGGUGUUUUCAUUAUGUCUCUUUCAUGGUAUUUUAUUGGAGAGACGAAAAUUUGGACCAUUAGGAUUUAACAUUCCCUAUGAAUUUACAGACGGUGACCUUAAAAUCUGCAUUUCACAAUUACAUAUGUUUCUGUUGGAAUACACAGAAAUACCAUUUAAAGUGCUCACCUAUACUGCAGGAGAAAUUAACUAUGGUGGUAGAGUUACAGAUGAUUGGGAUAGAAGAUGUUUGAUGAACACUUUAGCUGAUUUUUACAAGAAAGAAGUCAUCGUUCCAAACUAUGUGUUUGAUCAACAAGGAUUCUACCAUCAGAUUCGCACAGAUGCAUUAUUUGUCGACUACAUCGAUUACAUAAAGACACUCCCUAUUAACGAUGAUCCCGAGCUUUUCGGUCUUCAUCCUAACGCCGACAUUACGUUUGCGCAAUCACAAACUUACGCUUGCUUAUCCACAUUAUUACUGCUGCAACCGAAGCAAGUUGGAGGUGCAGCUGCUAGUCAAGAAGAAACAACAGCCAAUACAGCUCGCUCAAUUUUGGAGCAGAUGCCUGAUUUGUUCGAUUUGGAUAAGAUUACCGAACGUUACCCCGUCUUGUAUGAAGAAUCAUUGAAUACGGUCAUUAUACAAGAAGCUAUACGAUACAACAAGCUAUUGGUUGUUAUACAACUGAGUUUGAACGAUCUCUUGAAAGCACUCAAAGGUUUGGUAGUGAUGUCAGAAGCGCUAGAAAAGAUGUCAUUGAGCUUAUUCAGCAACAUGGUCCCUGAUAUAUGGGCUAGUAAAGCAUAUCCUUCUUUGAAACCUUUAGGAGCAUGGGUAGCUGAUUUGAAGGCCAGAAUAGAGUUUCUAAAUAAGUGGAAUCGCGAAGGAAUACCACCUGUAUUUUGGAUAUCUGGUUUCUAUUUCCCUCAAGCGUUUCUUACAGGAACAUUACAGAAUUAUGCGAGAAAAUAUGUUGUCUCUAUAGAUACCAUCAAUUUCUCAUUUGAGAUAUUGGACCAUUUUCCUAAGAAGAGACCAAAAGAUGGUUGUUCAAUUUAUGGUUUAUACCUCGAAGGGGCAAGAUGGAAUGCCAAUAUUGAUAUUCUAGAUGAAUCUAAUCCUAAAGAGUUGUAUACAGAGAUGCCAGUAGUUUGGCUUAAACCCGAAGAAAAUCACGAGCUUCCUUCUGGCGUAUAUCAAUGUCCAGUAUACAAAACCUUAACCCGAGCUGGUGUCCUUUCAACCACUGGCCAUUCCACUAAUUAUGUCCUAACCAUUGAAAUACCAAGCAGAAAACCCCAAUCACACUGGAUAAAGAGAGGAGUUGCUCUUAUAUGUGCCCUUGAUUAUUAA